AUCCACGUCAGUCAUCUUACUGUUGUGAAUUGGGAUUUUCGUACUCAAAGCUGAGAUGUUUUGGAAUUAUUUAUUGAUAUUGGUUUUGGUUUCUCGGAAUUCCGGCUAUACAGAAGCUGAACUGAUCGAUUCGCCUAACCAACAGUCAAAGGACUCCGCAAUAAACUCAAAUGGAAGCACGGCUAAAUCAGAAUGUGGAAAAGAAAUCGGUAAUUGCAAUACUGAACUGAUGAGAAACGAGACUGAAGAUGACAGCAACACAAACAACACAUCGGGUAAAGAACUACAAGAGCCAAUAUCGGAAUCUAAGGCUAGGCUCCUCCAGUCUAUUUUCGGUUUCAAAAUUAUUGCCAACUUGUUUGGCAGUUUAGGUGUCAUUGUGGACAACGCGUGUUGUGCGGAUGGCGGUAUGCAGUGUUGUGUGGAUGGCACUAUGGAUGGCGGUAGCGCUAUUGUGGCGGGGUGUUGUGCGGCGAGUGGGAGUUUGAUUGUCGGUGGCCACUUGAAAGGCCAUGUGGGCGCUAGUGUGGGUGGCAGUGUGGAUUAUGAUUAUGAUGGAUAUGAUUAAAAAAAAAAUAAACUCAACAGUAGUGAUACUCAACGAUUAUUCCAAUUUAGGCUGUUGUAUGUAUAUAUUCAUAUACAUUCAUUCCAUUCUUCUCAUCACUGUCU